AUGGCUAUUGGUAGCAGUUUCGUAAUCACUAAAAAGGGCCUAAUGGAUGCUUCUAAUAGACAUGGAUUUGAGGGAGAUGGGUUUUCAUACUUAAAGAGUCCGAUCUGGUGGGGCGGAAUCACAACAUUGGUUCUCGGAGAAAUCGCAAAUUUUGCAGCAUAUGCCUUUGCGCCUGCGAUUUUAGUGACGCCAUUGGGGGCGCUCAGCGUUCUUAUCGGUGCUGUGCUAGGGGCAUAUUUUCUAGGAGAGCGAUUGGGAGUACUCGGAAAGCUUGGUUGUGCUUUGUCAUUACUGGGCUCUGUCAUAAUCGUUCUCCAUGCGCCUCCGGAUGAAGAAAUUGAAACCGUAGAUGAAAUUCUAGAGUAUGCAAUCCAACCAGGUUUCCUUCUGUAUUGCGUGGUGGUUGCCGUAUUUUCAACUGUCAUGAUUUAUCGAGUGGCCCCGAGAUAUGGGAAGAAAAACCCACUCAUAUACAUCUCAAUUUGCUCGACCGUCGGCUCAGUUUCUGUUAUGUCUGUCAAGGCAUUUGGAAUUGCGCUGAAGCUCACUCUGGCUGGCCACAACCAGUUCUCACAUCCAUCUACUUACGCUUUUGCUAUUGUUGUUGUAUGCUGCAUUUUGACACAGAUGAACUAUUUCAACAAGGCUCUAAGUCAAUUUUCGACCUCGAUAGUGAAUCCCUUAUAUUAUGUCACAUUUACGACAGCAACGCUAUGCGCCUCUUUCAUCCUCUUCCAUGGCUUCAACACCACUGACCCUGUCAACACUAUAUCCCUUCUCUGUGGCUUCCUUGUUAUCUUCGCCGGGGUUUACCUACUGAACUUGUCCAGGAGUGACCCAGAUGGCAUUUCGCUUGCUGGAAAAACCAACGAGGACGACGGUGUCCCUACCGAUGGAAUUGCGUCAAUUCAAACCCGCUUAUCAUUGCAAAAUCGAAGGAGUAUGGACCGACAUCGGCGGAGCUCGUCGAGCAUUGAGUAUUACGGAGGACCCAGUGACCGUGAAGGACUCAUGCGUUCGUAUGAUGUUGAAUCAGGAGCUUUCGGCCUACAGGAUCUUGCGGAAGAGAGUGAUGACGGACAUCAAGAGGACUCGACGCAGAAACGGAACGGCUCUGCGCACCCUCCAACAUCACCAAAGGUUCCUGGCACAUGAAACAAAAAUAUCUUGGAAUUUCUCCCAUCGUCUUCUCCUUCGAUUACGUGCUUUCCAUUCCUUCCCAGAUUCGUCGACUUAUUUUCCCGCCUCCAACCAAACUAUAUCACACAUAUUCUUUUUUACCUCCCCUCAGAUAUAUAAGGGGGUUUGCCCAUGAAUAAUGGAAACGAUCACGAAAAGUACACAUCGAAUUUUGUGAUGAUCCAUUUUCUUCCUUCACUCUCUUAACAUGGUCAUACAGGUCGGGUUGGACUCGAACAAUCAAAUAGCAACAACAGCUAUGAUGCGGGGUUGUAUUUCAUUCUUCUUCUUUUUUUCAUAUUUAUUUGUUUUCUUUCUCCCUACCAUUCAGUCGAGCUUGGGCGGGACAUAUUGAUCAUACGGGUUAUGUUAGGGCUAGGUCAAGCUAUGUUUGUUGGGUUUAGGGUAGGUAAUGAAUCUCUCCCUCACUUGCAUUGUAAAAAACAGGGGGGUAUUAAGGCGUUUGUGCUCCUAUGCUUUACUUUACUUUUACUUUUUUUCCCCCUCAUUUUCCUGCAUUCCCGUGAGGGAUUCGCCUGAAAUCUAGAUCUCAUUUUUCUCGGU